AAAUCUCCAGAGGACCAGACGGGGAUUUCAGGAGGAGUGGCAUCCUUUGUGUGCCAAGCAGCGGGUGAGCCCAAGCCUCGGAUCACAUGGAUGAAGAAAGGAAAGAAAGUUAGCUCCCAGCGCUUUGAGGUGAUUGAAUUUGAUGAUGGCUCGGGCUCAGUUCUCCGCAUACAGCCGCUACGUACUCACAGGGACGAGGCCAUCUAUGAGUGCACAGCCACCAACAGUGUGGGAGAAAUCAACACCAGUGCCAAACUUACUGUGCUGGAAGAAAACCAGAUUCCUCAUGGCUUCCCCACCAUAGACAUGGGCCCUCAGCUGAAAGUGGUGGAACGAACAAGAACAACUACGAUGCUCUGUGCCGCCAGUGGGAACCCUGACCCAGAGAUCACUUGGUUCAAGGACUUCCUGCCUGUAGACAUCAACGGCAAUGGGCGAAUCAAACAGCUUCGUUCAGGAGCUCUGCAGAUUGAAAACAGCCAGGAAUCAGACCAGGGCAAGUACGAAUGUGUGGCUACGAACAGCGCCGGGACGCGCUACUCGGCCCCCGCCAAUCUCUACGUGCGAGACCCUCGAGAAGUACGGCGAGUGCCGCCCCGUUUCUCUAUCCCACCUACCAAUCACGAGGUGAUGCCAGGGGGCAGUGUCAACCUCACCUGUGUGGCGGUAGGUGCCCCCAUGCCCUAUGUCAAAUGGAUGGCUGGUGAGGUGGAGCUCACCAAGGACGAGGAGAUGCCCGUGGGACGCAAUGUCCUGGAGCUCACCAACAUCCAUCAGUCGACCAACUACACCUGUGUGGCUAUUUCAUCUCUCGGUAUGAUCGAGGCAACCGCACAAGUUUCUGUCAAAGCUCUCCCAAAGCCUCCUACGUCUCUAAUUGUGACGGAAACCACAGCUACCAGUGUUACACUGACAUGGGAUUCUGGAAACCCUGAACCUGUGUCUUACUACAUUAUCCAGUACCGGGCCAAGACCUCGGACUCCAACUUCCAGGAAGUGGAUGGUGUUGCCACCACACGUUAUAGCAUCGGUGGUCUCAGCCCUUAUUCUGAGUAUGAGUUCCGCGUCAUGGCGGUCAACAACAUUGGCCGUGGUCCACCCAGCGACCCAGUUGAGACACGGACGGGUGAGCAAGCACCUUCCUCCCCACCACUGCAUGUCCAGGCACGUAUGCUGAGUGCCAGCACCAUGUUGGUGCAGUGGGAACCGCCGGAGGAACCUAAUGGUCAGAUUAGAGGCUAUCGCAUCUACUACACAUCUGACCUGGACACGCCUCUCAGUGCCUGGCAGAAACACAACACGGACGACAGCCGUCUCACCACAAUCUCGAACCUGACCCCCGACAUCACCUACAGCCUGCGUGUGUUGGGCUUUACAUCUGUAGGGGACGGACCCCCAUGUGAUGUGUUGCAGGUCAAGACGCAACAAGGAGUACCUGCUCAGCCUUCCAACUUUGAGGCUGAAGCAGAGCUGGAUACGCGGAUCCAGCUAACUUGGCUGUGGCCAGUACAGGACCCCAUCAUCAAAUAUGAGCUGCUAUAUUGGGAGGCUGACUCAGAGAACAAGAUCCAUGUCACCUUUGACCCUGCCGGCUCAUACGCUGUUGAAGGUCUGAAGCCGGACACUCUGUAUAAAUUCUCCUUGGCGGCCCGCUCUGAAAUGGGGCUAGGGGUCUUUACUCAACCCAUUGAAGCCAGGACUGCCCAGUCCAUGCCUGGAGCUCCACCUCGGAAAGUCGAAGUAGAGGCUGUGAACUCCACAGCUAUUCGUGUGACAUGGAAGCCACCUCUUUCUGGGAAGCAGCACGGCCAGAUCCGGGGAUACCAGGUCAUAUACUCCCGCCUGGAGAACGGAGAGCCACGUAGCCAGCCAAAUAUAAUGGAUGUCGCUCUGCCAGAAGCACAGUGGAAAAUUGAAGAGUCCACGGAAUAUGAGGCUGUGAUCACUGGACUUCACUCUGAGACCUCUUACUCCGUUACCGUGGCAGCAUACACAACCAAGGGUGAUGGGGCACGCAGCAAAGCCAAAGUCAUCACCACCACCGGAGCAGUGCCUGGGAAACCCACCAUGAUCAUCAGCACCACCAUUGGCAACACGGCCCUCAUCCAGUGGCAGCCUCCUAAGGACAUGGUGGGUGAGCUGAUUGGCUACCGACUACGGUACAAGCGUGUGGAGGAUGAAAACUAUGAAGUCCGUGAGUUCGCACGCAACGACAACCACCACACCGCCACAGAACUGCACAAGGGCGCCACCUACACCUUCCAGCUGAGUGCCAGAAACCGGGCGGGAGCUGGAGAGGAGUAUGUAAAAGAGAUCAGCACACCGGAGGACGUGCCAAGUGGGUUUCCCCUCAACCUACGUGUCGUGGGCCUGACCACCUCCACCACCCGCCUUGCCUGGGACCCCCCGGCCCUCUCUGAACGCAACGGCCGGAUCACACAAUAUCUAGUGAUGUACCGUGACAUCAACAACAUACAGAACGGCACCAAUCGCACAUCUGACACUCAGAUGACCAUCCAGGGGCUUCGGCCAGACACCACCUAUGAUAUCCGUGUGCAAGCCUUCACCAGCAAGGGAGGGGGUCCCAUAAGUCCUAGUAUCCAGAGCAGGACCAUGUCUACAUCACCGGCAUUUGCCACAAGUUUUGGUGUCAAAGCUGUGAUGAAAACCUCUGUCCUUCUCACCUGGGAGGUGCCAGAAAAUUACAAAUCCCAAGUGCCUUUUAAGAUCCUCUAUAACCAGCAGAGUGUGGAAGUCCAGGGCAACCUCAAGAGGAAGCUGAUCACACGACUGCAGCCAGACACUAAUUAUUCCUUCGUGCUGAUGAGCCGGGGAAACAGUGCUGGUGGCCUGCAGCAGCAGGUCUCUAUUCGUACCGCACCUGACCUGUUCAAAACUAAACCUGUCCUGUACACAGCAGACCAGACCAGCAAUGGCAAACUCACCAUCAACCUGCCCAAAGUGCCCACCACAGCUCCUGUCAGGUGGUACUACAUUGUGGUCAUGCCCGUGUCUCUUACAUCAUCUCGUAAGUGGGUUAAUCCCGACGAGAUGGAGCUGGAUGAGCUCUUGGAGUCUAGUGAGGGAGCUCUGCUCAGGAGACGACGUCACACGGACACUGUUAGGCCGUACAUCGCCGCAAAGCUGCCCUCCCUCCCAGACACCUUCACCUUGGGAGACAAAAAGACAUACAACGGCUUCUACAACCGUCCCCUUCCUAACAACCAACACUACCAGUGCUUUGUCAUGGCUGAACUCAAGGACCAAUACCCUGUUACUGCCAAUGAGAAGCAGCGGACCUUCUCGGCCAGCCCAUACUCGGACCCCAUCAUCGUGCAGGAUAAAAACCUUAUGCAGCCCAGUGUGGACCAGCCUGAGAUGCUCUGGGUUAUGGGCCCCGUUCUUGCCGUAGUGCUCAUCAUCAUCAUAGUCAUCGCCAUCCUGCUCUUCAAGAGCAAACAGGAGAGGAAGAGGGCAUCCCCCCUACCGAAAGAUGAUCACUCUGGUGGAGUGAAGGAUUGUCUUUUGGCCAACUCGUCUGAUCCUGUAGAAAUGAGGAGACUCAACUACCAGACACCAGGAAUGAGGGAACAUCCUCCUAUAUCUGUCUGCGAGCUGGCAGACCACAUAGAGCGACUCAAGGCCAACGAUGCCCUCCGAUUUUCCCAGGAGUAUGAGUCCAUUGAUCCAGGCCAGCAGUUCACAUGGGAGAACUCCAACUUAGAGGUCAACAAGCCAAAGAACCGUUAUGCCAACGUUAUUGCUUACGACCACUCGAGAGUUGUUCUCACCCCCGUGGACGGUGUUCCAGGCAGCGAUUACAUCAAUGCCAACUACACUGACGGCUACCGUAAGCAGAAUGCCUACAUUGCCACGCAGGGCCCUCUGCCUGAGACUCUGAGCGACUUCUGGAGGAUGGUUUGGGAGCAGAGAGCCAGUACCAUCGUCAUGAUGACCAGACUGGAAGAGAAGACCAGGGUCAAGUGUGACCAGUAUUGGCCUGUUCGUGGCACAGAGACUUGCGGAAUGAUCCAAGUGACCAUGCUUGAUGCUGUUGAGUUGGCAACUUACAGUGUGCGCACCUUUGCCCUUUACAAGAAUGGCUCUAGCGAGAAACGCGAGGUCAGGCAGUUCCAGUUCAUGGCCUGGCCAGACCACGGAGUGCCUGAAUACCCCACCCCCAUCCUAGCCUUCCUACGCAGGGUCAAAGCCUGCAACCCUCCCGAUGCUGGACCCAUGGUAGUGCACUGCAGUGCUGGAGUGGGAAGAACAGGUGUUUUCAUCACUCUAAGUAUUGUCCUAGAGAGGAUGAGAUAUGAGGGUGUGGUGGAUCUGUUCCAGACCGUUAAGACCCUGCGCACACAAAGGCCUGCCAUGGUGCAGACAGAGGACCAGUACCAGCUGUGCUACAGAGCCGCUUUGGAGUACCUGGGGAGCUUUGAUCACUAUGCAACGUAACCACUCCUGGACCACAGCCCUCUGGUACAACUCUUCAGGAGUGCACCAAGUGUUCCUUCUGAGCCACCAUUCCCCAUCCCCAUCCUGUACAGAGAUCUGGGGGGUGGGAAGGGCAGGCUAUCCAGUGGCUGGUUAACCAAUCACAGCAGUCCAUUAUCAACUGGCACCAAGAGAUUGCUUUAAGAAAUAUAGACAACUCUCUUUCAAGAAGCACCAUCUAAAAAAAACUACAUUCUAGUUUCUCCUUAGCGUACGACAACCCACACUACAGUCGAAGGCUACUGGUAGCACUCAUUCUUCUUCUUCUUUUUUUUUAAAUCAUGAUUAUCAUUUGUUAUUAUUUUAAAAAAUCCAUUAUGACAAUAUUGUUAUUAUUCUUAUUUAGAAUAUUUGUGUUUUUAUUUUUAAAUCAUCUUUUGUCUUAAUGGCCUUUUCCAUGGGUCUACCUUUUCCUUAUUUGGUAGUUUUAUUUUUUAUUUUCUUCAUAAUAGGUUAUUUUAGCACAAGGACAUGUAUUUUUAACAUGUUCCUGAUACUAAUACCAGAGAACCACUGUUCUCUAAGCUGCUGAUGGUUUGACUUUGUAACAUGAUUUUACUGUUGUUAUUUUUUUUUUCCGUUAUGUAUAAUUGGUCUUAUUGGGCUAAAAUGAGUGGGUUCACUUUUGGAGAAGCCUUUAAUGUUCUGUCUCUGUCUCGAUAAAAGAAAAAUCUCCAACUGCGAGACGUAUGUAUUUGGGUUAGUGGUACUAAAUUAAGAAAAGCUUUUUUGUAGGGGAAAGCAAAUCAACUAACUAAUAAAAUCGGCACUGUACAGAACUCAGUAAAGGGUUAAAUGCGAUUUGUGAGGAAUACAUUACGACCUUCUGAUUGGAGCACAUUCACCGUGAGGGACGUUACCGGCAACUGAACGCAAUCCUAACGAAAAGUGCCCCUUCUCUGUGACGUUUGAAGACCUGAUAUUGAAAUGAGACCAAUUGCCAUUGGCACCUGUACAGUAUAAACCACUCCCCCCAAGGGAGAGUCAGCUCUGUUUAAUCCAACUCUUCUUUUUUUUAUACAGAAAUAUAUAGACAUCAGUUUAUAAUUAUGGAUAAAUAUAAAUACUAUUAUACAGUAUAUAAACAGCUUCUGCUCUAUUGUCCAUAAUUCUCUCAAAACGUAAUCCUGGACUUUUCUUGAUAUACCGACAUAGAGAAAAUUACACGAGAGACUGCUGUGUGUGAAUCUAUUCAUGGUACAAAAGUUAUAUCUACUGUAGUAUCUACGCACCCCAGGUAUUUGGCGGUCUCCUCUGGUGGGGUGGGGCAGCAAAUUAAAAACACUUUCUACAGGACAACAUUUCAUGCCUGCUCAAUUACAACCGGCAUGUAAAAGGGAGACCUGGCCAUACAUUCAGUAUAUGUUGGAAAGUUCAUUUUUACCUUGUGAAUGAUUAGUGCUGUAGAGGUUCGAUCUGUUGUAUACACAGUCUGUUUUCUAUUUGUUAAUAAGAAAACUGGAAUAAAAAAAAAAUGUUGCAGGAAAAA